AAAGGGCAGAUCAAAUUUCAGACCCACCACACUAUAUAUGUUCAGGUGUCUUCAUCCUGAAGGUUACUACUCCUAAUUCUCCUGGAAUCUUAGCCCAAGAUGGAUCAAACUGUGAUCUUCCUUUGGGUGCUACUCUCAGCAUCAGGAGUGAAAUCUGCCACAACAGUAGCUAAAGGUAGCUACAGUUGUGGCAAGACUUUCACAGAUCCAACGGGGUCAUUUUCUCCCACAUAUUACACUGGUGGUGGAAACGUCGUAGAGUGUCUCUGGACAAUUGUUUCAUAUUAUAAGAUUCCUAUAGUGCUAACCCUUGAUUAUUUCAGUUUGGACUGUACUCGUGAAUACAUUCAAAUCUAUGAUGGAAUGGUAGAUCAUUCAGCACUACUUGGGCAAAUAUGCGAUGGCCCAAGUCAGGUAUUCGUUUCACGUUCAGGCCUCAUGAAAGUUUUACUCCACAGAGAGUCCUAUCGUGCAGGCUCUGGCUUUUUUGCCUAUUACGAUAUAACAGAUCUGGCAACCUCACCAGUCCCUGAAUUAACAACAGCUCCAGAGUUGACAACCGAACCCGUGUAUACAACAACUCUUCCUCCAGAAACCACUACAACAACUCUUCCUCCAGAAACCACUACAACAACUCUUCCUCCAGAAACCACUACGCCCUUUCAGUGUGGUGGCAUCCUCUCGGAACCAUAUGGAUAUAUCUAUGGCCCUGAUUAUCCUGGAAAUGGCAGGCCGGUGCAGUGUGCCUGGGAAAUUAAAGCUCCAAUGUUUUACAAUAGAGUUGUUUUACAGUUUAAAACAGUUGGUUGGAAUAUGAACUGCCGCACAGACUAUAUUGCCGUCUAUGAUGGUGGCCUGGGCUCAUCAAGACAACUUGGAAGAAUUUGCAUGGCUACCCGUCAUGUAUUUAUAUCCACUUCAGACACAAUGACUGUUGUGUUGUACAGAAAUUCCUUUAACACAGGACCAUCAUUUACUGCUUAUUACUAUAUUACGCCACAAGAAACAACCACAGAACACAUCUUGCAAGAAACAACUACAGAACACAUUUUGCAAGAAACAACUACAGAACACAUUUAUCCUACUUCUGUCACCCCGGAAGCAACUACAGAAGCAACUACUGCUGCUGUUCAAUCCACAACUGGAGAACCGACCACUAUAGUCACGCAGUGUAAGUCUGCAUGUAGAAACUUCUUUUGUGACCACACAGGGAAAUAAGACACACGGAUUGGGUGAACUGAGCCACAUUUAA